CGCAUUAAACUAAUAUACAUGUAAUUUCCGCAGGUGGUGAUUUUCGGACGGUGGAGAAAGAGAGAGAGAGAGAGAGAGAGAAAGAAGAUUCAGAGCCCAACAACGUACGGGAAUCGACCUGACGACUUCGUGUGACAGAGAAAGAGAACGAUAUAGAAAGAUAGAGACAGAGAGAGAGAGAGAGAACGAAGGAACGACGCGCGUAUGCUCGAGGCGCCUUCAUCGCGGGGCGUAUCCCAAGAUCGCGAGGUAAAAAGCAUCGUUUCUGAGUGCGUCAUUGCGUGUCCUUCCUCCUACUCUCUUAUUCGUAGACUUUGGUAUAUCCUGGUUUGGUGUAAUUUACAAAUAUAACUCGUAUGCGUCGUCAGAAAAGAAGAGAAAAGUAAGAGAGAGAGAGAGAGAGAGACAGAGUGAGAAGAAAGGGGUAGGUGUGUGAGUUCGUACGUGUGUGAGUGUGUGAAAGAAAGAAAGAGAGAGAGAGAGAGAGAGAGAGAGAGAGAGAGAGAGAGAGAGAGAGCAACACAUAGAGCAUCGAACUCGAUUUGACAAUCGGAUGGACGAAGAAGAUCGGCUUUGUGUUUCAUCGCGAUGAGACGUUCGUUAAAGUUUUCCUUUGUCGAGAUAAGAAUUUAAAUUUGUGCUUUAAACUUUCUUUUUUUUAAGUUCCGUAUCUUUUUCUUCCUUCGAAAGUGAUUAGAAUUUUGUCUCGUGUUAUCCGUCGUCGAUUCGUUAUCGUGGUUUAUUCAUUGCCAAUGUGUAACUCAGCCGACGCUUCGUACGUGCAAAAGUUAGGUUAUCUGCAGUUAGGAGAUGAUAGCUCGGACGUUGUUGGUACCUCCGGUACCGCUAGGCUCUCGGGCUCAAAACCCGAGGCCCAAGUGCCUGUUCCGAGAAACGUCACUGCUAGGAACGAUGUUAGGACACCUGGUAGACCCGUAGGUGCUAUCGAAAGCUUCAUCGAGGGUAACUCUUCUGACAAUACUAGACAAACUAUUUCUGCUGAUUAUAAGCUUUACGAACGUGAGAAUAUUAUAGCUGCUUCGAGGUUUGCUACUCCCAAGCCUGUUGAACAAAUUAGUGCUCAACAGCAACAGCAACAACAACAACAACAACAACAGCAGCAACAGCAACAGCAACAUCAACAAAGUCAAGGACGUGUUAACAAUCAACAGGCACCUGUAUACGAGAAUAUAGACUAUUAUCCGCAGCAGAGUCAACCGUUACCUCCUUAUUAUCACCCCGUUGAAUCUAGGAAAAGUCCUAGAGAUAGUCCUAGAGGUUCUCUUGCUGGAGAAUCUUACGAAGCUAAUUUUAGAAAGGCUCAGCCUCAGGUUCCCACUGGAAGUCGUUAUCAAACUGCUUCACCUGCUAAGGAACUGCCUCCUUACGAAGCUCCUCCUGUUUAUGAAAAUAUUCAGGAAGUUCAUUAUACUGAUAAUGCACAAAAUAAGCCUGGACCUCAAGUUCCAUCUAAUUAUUAUCAUCCUGCGAAUAUCAAUGGAGGUGAUUACGUCAUUAUGACUGGAAAAGUUGGACAAGGACAAGCACAACGUGGUAUACCUCAAAGUCUGUCUUAUACGCAACAAAGAGGAAUGAAUUCUAGGGGUCAGAGUUAUGAUGGGUCAUGUUUACAACGUACAGCUGUUGAUUGUCCUUCCAGAUAUCUACAAGGAUCAUCUUCCAAUGCUGAUCAUCAGUCUGGUAGAAGUGCUUAUGUACCGCCAUCUGAACUACAUACUCCAACUAGAAAUUUUAGCUAUGAUCAACAGCAGCAACAACAACAACAACAACAACAACAACAACAACAACAACAGCAGCAGCAACAGCAACAGCAACAACAAUCUUCCAGAUCAGGACUACCUUAUCACAGCGAAUCACCUCCAAUACGUUUGCCACCAGAGCCUCAUCAUUAUCGCAGUUCUCUUGAUAAUACUGUAGCUGGACAGCAGGCAUAUCGUACGUCCCACCAAAAUGACAUGCAACAGACACAAUUUCGUCAGGAUUCACAAGUAUAUAAGCAAUUUGUGGAGCCAUCUACAAGAAGCAUGAAUACAAAUUAUACUACAGAAACUCAAGCUAGAAAUUCUCCUGUAUACGGUAGUCGUUCGGAACAACCAUCUUGCAGAAAUUCUCCAUGUUAUUCUCCCAGUCGUACAAUGCCACCCAACGAUAGGAACUAUCAUCAACAAGAAAAUAGAUCAGAUUUUUCUGCUAGGAAUUCACCAAUUUAUUCUUCCAAUCGUUCUGCAGAACAAUUACGUUUGGGUUCUCUCCAAAAUGAGAGGAAUUAUACGCAGGAUGCAUCCGAAUCGUCUGGUCCGAGGAGUUCACCUUUAUAUUCACCAAGCCGUACUGAUCCUGGUAGAGUUAUUACACCAAAUAGUAAUAGUAUCCGUAAUUCUCCAAAAGCAAGUCCAACUCAUAGUCAAAUUCCAAGUGAUAUUGGCUUACAAAAUGUAACAAAUUCUCCUAGACACAUUUCACCUCCUUCCACCAAUGCAGUGGGAAGUCCUGUACGUGUGCAAGUGCAAACACCAGUGACCAGUACCGUGACUUUAACCAAUGAUUCUGAUUCAACUGUUAAUGUACCUAGAAUUACAAGCCUACCACCGGGUGUUACCAGUGGCAUUGCUGGUCCUGUAUUUCUGAAUGCUGGUGUACCUGUAUUACAAAGAUCCUCAGAACCAGAACCUGAAGAAAGAAAGUUGGUUAGUCCACCUAUAAAGCCUACUCCUGGCAAAGGAUUGUUGCCAUACAAUAUCAUUCCACCUAGACCAUCGGGUCCAACGGAAGCGGAAAGGAAGAUAGAAGAAUUAACGAGACAACUCGAGGAGGAGAUGGAGAAGCAAGAGGAGGAAGGAGAAUAUUUCGGUAUUUGUCACACGUGCGGUGAAAAAGUGACUGGUGCUGGACAAGCCUGUCAGGCUAUGGGUAAUCUUUAUCAUACGAAUUGUUUUAUAUGUUGUUCCUGCGGAAGAGCUUUACGUGGCAAAGCUUUUUAUAACGUUCAUGGAAGGGUUUAUUGCGAGGAGGAUUAUUUGUACUCUGGCUUCCAACAGACAGCCGAGAAAUGUGCUAUUUGUGGUCAUCUUAUUAUGGAAAUGAUCUUACAAGCUAUGGGUAAAUCCUAUCACCCAGGGUGCUUCAGAUGUUGCGUAUGCAACGAGUGUCUCGAUGGUGUUCCUUUUACGGUAGACGUAGAUAAUAAGAUCUAUUGUGUUAACGAUUAUCAUAGAAUGUUUGCACCUAAAUGUGCAUCUUGCGGUAAAGGGAUUACUCCGGUCGAGGGUACCGAAGAAACAGUUAGAGUUGUUUCCAUGGACAAAGACUUUCACGUGGAUUGCUAUGUUUGCGAGGAUUGCGGCAUGCAGUUAACAGACGAACCCGAUAAAAGGUGCUACCCACUCGAUGGUAGGCUCAUGUGUCGCGCCUGUCACAUCCAACGCAUAUCUCAUACACAACCAAGAGCACCACAGCCGGUAUCUGCCAGCUAUCAAUUCAUGGGAUAAAAAAAGAAAAAAGUAUAUAUAUACAGAUAUAUUAAUGUGUAUGCGUGCGCGCUUCGCUUCUAUUAGAAAUGUUUCAUUUCAAUUGAUUUGCGCACAUAAAAGCCAUCCUAUAAUGAUUAACUGUGCGAACUUGUGCUUCGAUCACGUCAAUCCAAUAAAAUUUCUCUUGAAUUGCCUGAAAGAAAAAAAAAAAAAAAAAAAAGAGAAAAGAAAAAAGAAACAGAAAGAAAAAAAGGUAAGACUGCUCCAUAUAAAUCUAUACACUGCCUCUUGGGAUCAUAUAAUAAUUUUUUCUUCCAUUUUUUAAACAAUUUUUUGUCACGUUACAACUGAAGAUUUCUAGGUAUGCCUAUUAACGAGAUAUGUAAUAUAUAUAUAUAUAUUUUUUUGUUUACGGUACUCUUCGAAUGCAGUGAUUUCAUUAGGAUGAGCAAGUUGCGCAGGCAACUGUGAUAUAAUAGCAUAAUAUCGAUUUGUUAAGUGGCGAACAUUUUAUUCCUUUUACUUGGUGUAUAUAAUAGUACACGUGUCUCGUUGUUAAUAAUUAUUAUAGUUAUUAUUAUUAUUAUUAUUAUUGUUAUAAUGUAAUGCGUAUUGUUACGAAAAACGUAAUGGAUGAACACACACAUACACAUACACACAAGACGGUUCAACGUCCCCGCUGAAAUGGAAAUUCCUUCGUGUUAAUUAUAGUAUUUAUAUGCAAUUUUAAUGGACGUAGGAGUCGUUAAGUCCUUUCAUAUGUUAAUUAAUAUUUAUCAAGGAUUUGUGCGCUCUUUCAGUCGAUGCUGAUAAUAUAAAACGAAUAAUAUGACAAUAUGAAAUAUAAUCGUAAACAUUGUUCUCGUAAAAUGUUAGAUUUGUUUUUGUCAACUACAAUCAAACAAGUGGAAUGAAUUUAAUAGAGCAUUUAUAUAAGUGUGUAUAUAUAUAUAUAUACACACACACAUGCACACGACGUAGUUCGUGCUUUAAUAUAUUAGAAUUUAAGCGCACAAUUUUUAAGCUGCCAAAAAAGAAAGCAAAAAAGAAAACAAACGAUUGAUUUUUAUCAAGAUUUGCUAAUAUAAUCAUUUACAUAUUUACAAUAGUUAUUAAGUAAUGAGUACUGUAGAUAAAAGUACAAUCUCUCUUAUUUAAAUAUACAUAUGUACGAGACAGUAUGUAUGAUAACGACCGUGUUUAAUAAAGGCGAAUCUGACAGAAAUAA